AUGCAAAAGUCGAAAUCAGAACCCAAUCGUGGGAACCGAUCGAGUUUCAGCGUCUCAUCCUCUGCGCAUCCUAAACGCAAAUCGACAGGAAAUAUCACAAGAACCGCUUCGUUUUGUCAAUCGGCGAGUGGCAACAAAGAUAUCUGGCGCCCGCCAGGUUGCUAUGAGAUCCCUGACAUUCUUGGCAACGCGUAUCUAAGACCAUCACCUGCUGUUGCUUUCCAUUUACGACCACGUGAUCCUUCAAAGCAGAUUACAAAGCGACCAUGGUAUCCUCCAAGCCCAUACUUUGAGAUUCCUCAAUUGCCAUCACUAGCCCAAAGUGGUGUUGGAAACAAGUUUGAGAUCAAGCUACGAAAGCUGUUGCCCAAGACACAUGUUCGAUCAUCCGAUCCUCGGCUACGAUAUACCAAUUUUGAAGAAAUAGGCACAGGUGUCAAUGGUGCAGUUGUACGUGCCGUGUACCGGAACCAAAAAAGCAAGUCGGCUGUUGCCAUCAAGCGUUGCAGGCUUAUUCCUGAUUGUGAAUAUCGCGCAGCUCUUGUGCGUGAGCUCAAGAUCAUGGCCAGCGGCCACAAAAACAUCAUCAGACUUCGUGAGGUGACCUUGUAUCGUGAUGACAUUUGGAUUGCCAUGGAUUUAAUGCGUUGCUCAGUAUUUGCCAUCCUUCGUCAACGAGGCAUCCCCGAAGAGUAUACAAUCUACAUUGCAUGCGAGACGCUCAAGGCAUUGAUAUACCUCCACAACAAAGGAUUCUUGCAUCGUGACAUUAAAUGUGAAAAUCUAUUACUUGGUUGGAACGGUGAAGUGAAACUUGCCGAUUUUGGAUUGGCUGCACGUCUUGCCAGUGGCAACAGAGAUAGACUUGGUACAACAAAAUGGAUGGCACCCGAGGUUAUCCGGGAGGAAAUUUACGACGAGAAAAUCGAUUUGUGGUCACUGGGUAUCACUGUGAUUGAAAUGAUGGAUCGAGUACCACCCCAUUACCUUAUCAAGGAUGAAGAAGAGCUUUUCGAUAUCAUCGCCACAGAGCCUGGGCCAACUUUCACUUAUAGUUACCCAUCAAUGUAUAUGCGUGGGUUGGUAGCUUGGCUAUUGGACGAAGAACCUAGCACAAGACCUUCAGCUAAAGAUGUCCUGCUGGAAAUCGAUGUUCAUAUCAAGAGCAAUCUUUUGUCGUGUGCCUCGCCGGUCGAGCUCACUCGCUUUUUGAAUCAAGUUCUACCACAGCAAGCCUAG